GUACGAUGAAGUUCAGACUCUGCAAAUGUGGCAGGCCUCCAAUUUGGGCAACAGGAAUUGCAGUUUUAAAAUCAAGCACAACACAAAUAUAAUGUGAUUACUUACUGUUACUUUCUCUCACGCUGUCUUCAGUGUUUACUUAAUUUCAGCCUUCAGAAAGUCAUGGCUUUUGAUCUCUCUAGCUUAUACAAUACAAUAACAAAGACAAGAGCAUAGAUUUGUUUUUAUUUUUUCAUUCCCCAUCUGCUACUUUCUGGUGCCUAGAAUAGCCAUAGGACUGGUACGGUUUUGGUUUUUCCCUUCAACUUUUAAAGAAGCUACAUCACAUCCAGUUAAAUCUGAGUGCGGCUAUGGACUGAUCUCUCAUAAGUUUUUUUUUUUUCCUCUCCCAAAUAUAUCUUUAAAGUUUUCUUUCAAGAAUGAGAACAGUUGAAACUUUAACGAAGUUCCAAUUCUUAUAUGCAAUAAACACUGGAAUUAAAUGUUACAAGCCAUAACAAGACUAGACUCAAAUGUCUAACUGUAAAUUAUUUUUGUACCCUUAGUUGUACUUAUUUCCUGUGACAUCUAGAUAUCAAAACAAUGUGGUUUACGUUUCUUCGUACAAGUUAUAAAGCAACAAAACUAAAAUAAAUGCAAUUUUUCCCUACCCACAAUAUUGUAUUUGAUAGAGCUGUACACAAUCUGCAUGACAAAAACAAAAAACAGACUAGACAUAGAGGGACGACACUACUCUUUCAGAAAUGCAUAGUCAAACCUAUAGGAAUACUCUUGUCCAUAAAGAUAAGUGCAAUGUCUUCAUAAAAACAAACAAAACCACACAGAAGAUUUUAAAAACAUACCUUAAUCAUGAAACAUUUGGAAAUAUGCAGAAUGUCACUUCACUCUCUGACUGUAUUCCACAGAAGUUCUGAUAAAAUACUUUGGAAGUUUUAUUAUUAAUGCACCAAUGCUACCAACAUCGUGCUGAUACUGUUUUCAUAGUUCUACUAUGUGUUCUAGGAUCGUCUUUCGUCACUUUUAUGAAACUCGGGUUACAAAGCUGUUGGGACAGAGUAUCUACAGCACAACAAUCUCGGUUUAUACCUGGAUGUCCAGAUGCUGCAACACAAAUAAAUUGCAAGGAUAAAAAGUUCACAUAGUUUUCUUUAACUUACAUGGCACAUUUUAAAGAUUUAUACCCAAGCUCCUCCAGCAGAAGACAGUUCAUCACUUCUACAUUACAUGGAUUUAAAUCAAGGGACUGGGAUUUGUCCAAAGUUAGCAAACAAUUCACUGAUGCAACCAGGUAUAUGACUUGGAAAUUUUUCGUUUCCUCUUCCUGUCUUGUAGCUCUCCUACACCAUCCUUCCCCAGGUGCCAGGAACUGAGACACAAUGUAAAAAUUCUUCCAGGAUUCCUUCAGAAUCACUAACACCAUGCACAGCAAACCCAGCUUUGCCAUUAACUGCUCACAUAGUUCCUUCAGACAUUACUGGCUAGCUACAGGAGUCUAGCCAAACCUUACUAAACACGUAAGAGUAUAAGCAGUUCUCAUUUGUAGUGCUGCAGCCUUAUUGCAGUCUUUUUUUCAGCUGGGAAUUUCCUGAACCUGAACUGACCACGAAAAUAACACUUUCAACACUUGGUAAAGAUAAGAAUCUGGUUAUACUCAUAUGGAUGCUUCUGCUACCCAGAGCUGAAACAUAUACGCAGAGCUGCAAUGGAAUGGGAGAUAUCAUGUGUCAGUUCCACAACAUGACUAUUAUUUUGACACCUAGAACUACAGGUUCCAAAGGGUCCACCCCAGUACACCUUAUGGACCCUUUGGGAAAGCGUGAGAGGAUCUUUUUACCAGAAAACCUAUUUAACUAAACAGCAGAUAAUAUCCUGGAACAGGAGCCAUGACACCAUAGAUACUAUUCACUAUCUUAGCAAGGAAGUUUUAGUGCCAGUGAAAGAGUUUUUAAAUGAAACUGUGAGCAACUGCAUAGCCAAGGAAGCUUUUUUUAACUCCUCAAGAUACGAUUGGUUUUAAUCAAUGGCCAAAGAUGCGUAUGCACGUUUAAGCACCCUUGUUUCAACAUCCUCUCCUUUUCCUAGAUCACGUGCCCACAAAGCAGGAGGGAACAAGAUCUGGCAGUAGUCACCAGUCAGAGAAGUAUUAAGUACUGUCUUAGGAAGCCUAGCUCUUUUCGUAAGUAAGGAUUAGCUACAAACAUUCUUCCUAAAGCUUUUUUUACCAUUCUUGUAUACAAAUGAAUUUUAGUGAGGUGAUUUCAUGAGGUGUUUAAAUCCCUUUGUUCCAUAAAAUUACAAGUGCUGGAAGUCACCAGGAUCCCAUGCAUUUCAAGUUACUCAACUGUGCUGGGAACAACAUUUUUCUGGCAGAUCUUCCAUUAGCUGAUUAUAGUUAAUCAUAUAAUCCAUUAUAAUAGAUUAGUCUAUUAGUUAGUCUAUUACAAUAGAUUAUAUGAUUAUACAGAUUAUAUACAAACCAUAUAAUCAUAUAGUUGUUCUGUAAGAAAAUAAAUAUCAAAGCUUUCAGUGACAAAGUCUAAAUAUUUUUUCUGCGGUCUCUCUCUCUCACAGAUAUUAAAGCUUAAUGUCUUUCCCAAUAUGUAUCCAGUACUGGGAAUUAAGGUUUAUAAAUUGUUAUUGUAUCAAAAUAAAUCAUUAGUUCAAUUAGUAAGACAACUCUAAUCAGCAGCCUUCCAAUAAUUUGUUUUGUACUCAUCCAACUUCUUAAAAAUUGCUGCAAAUAGCUUGGAGCCUGCACUGCAAGUAAAUGCUGCCUAUUAUUAUUCAGGGUCUUUGAUGCAUUAGCUCAACCUGAAGGAUGAUACAAAGCUCUGAAAAAAGUUGUCUGGUGUCUCAGCAUUUACCUGCUGCCCUGGACCUACUGCUUUAAUUCUGGCACAGGAUAGUUAAAGUUCCUAAAUACACUCUUGUUCUGGAAAAAUAGUUGUGGGAAUCCCUUAAACAACAACAAAACCCAAACAAAAUGAAACAGAAAAAAAAAAAGCAACCCUCCUUCUUAUUUCCCUGGAACUGACUCCAAGCACACGCCCAUCUCCCUACUCUACACCCACCCCAUCACCCCUGCCAGUUACUUGGCUUGUCUAAAAAUGAGGAAAACCAGAACCCCAUCAUACAGCACAUAUUUGUUAAAACGUAAAGUUUUAUAUUCUACAAAAUAACAACAUGGGCAAAAUUCCAUGUUAUGAUAAGGAGAAAAUACUGCAAUGCUUAGGGCAUCUGAUCUUAGAUUAGUGGACCUAGACCACAGCACACAUGCUAGUUAGUCCUUGCCAGUUUUAAGACCGGAAAUGACUGAGGUCUGCUGCCUUGAUGGGGGGAAACCACUGCAGCUAUUCAGAACAUUGCUCAGUAUUUUGCUCACUAUAGAUUGGGGUAAGAAGGGUCAAGCAGCGUGGCCCCAAAGCGUCAAAAAGAAAACUCUAUUAUUUUCAAGUACUGACAUUCAGUAUCAAAGCAAACUGUUUUAUAUCUGUAUAUUUGAUUCAAUAAAAAAUAAAUGUUUUUUUCCCACAUUUCAUAAAGGCACUUCUGGGGAAGCCCAUUUUAGAAAUCGAAGAGGAAUUAUUGAAUUAGCUGGAGCCAUUAGAUGUACUACAGGACGAUCUCCUUUUGCCUACCUACGUUACGGAUGCUACUGUGGUCUGGGAGGAAAAGGAUGGCCCAAGGACAGAGUAGACUGGUGCUGCUUUAACCAUGACUGCUGCUAUGGUAAGGCAGAACAAGCAGGUUGUCACCCAAAGACAGAAAAUUACCACUGGGAAUGUGAAGACAAUAAUGUUGUGUGUGAAUCACUAGAAGACAAAUGUCAAAAAAUGGCGUGCAAAUGUGACCGUGAAGCUGCCAAAUGUUUUUCUAAUGCUCCCUAUCACACAAAAUACCUUUUGUGGCCAGACUUUAUGUGUGGUGACAUUCAGCCUUUGUGUAGGUAUUAGAUAUACAUCAGUCUUUAUGAGAACUCUGUAUGCAUUAAAAUCUAGAAUUACUUUUUUGUCACACUAGUGACAACAAAUGAUUUUCCCCUUUCUUGAUUCUCCUUCCUGCCACCUCAGCCUGUUCACCCCAGAAUGGCCAAAGUAAACAUUUAUCCUCUUAUUUACCUUCAGUGCAUGGACUAAGAACAAGUUCAUUAGUUCUGUGUAAACUUUUAUUGACUAAAUAGGAAUUUAUCAGCUUAAGGAGUAACUGAUUUAAAAUUAUUUUGUUUAUAUUCAGAUUCACAGAUUUUUCAGAUUCAUAGUAUCAUUCACUGUAAACUUUUCAUCCCCCCUCCACUGGCUCUAAGAUACAAAUCAAACAGCUACCUUAACAUUUGUUAACUUUGAACUAACCAGAAGAAAUGCAUGAAGUGACAGUAUCGGCACAAAGAGCCCUCUCAUCUAUAUUAAACACUUAUUAUGAAGCCUAAUUUAACUUUUGCAUCUCAUUGACCUUACAUAGUCCCACCUGUAUUAAAAAUUACCUAAUAGAAUUCUUUUUUCCUAGUAUUUACUUUUUUAAAUACAGUUUUCUAAGAAGUUGUCAUUUGAUAUGGCUCAAGCUCCUUACUCUAUGUACACCUUGAGUUUCCUGUAGGCCAAGGAAGAAGUUCCACCCUUAAAACUUCAGAGCCCGGUUUAAAAGUGCAAGUGCAAAUCAUCGCCAAGACAGAUACAUGAAAAAAGUAGCAGUUAUUGAGACCAACUGCUCUUCUUGUAAGUCUUUGAACUUGGACAGCAUGAGUUUGCAAAGUUCAGGAGUGUAUAUACCUCAUGAAGAUGUAAAGAUGGUUUUAGCUAGGGUCAUUUCUCAGGUUUUUUAAACCUUUUAGGAGGAGCAAUCUGUAACACAAAUUACUGAAUACUACACUUUUAACUGCUAAUUUUGACAGUUUAAGAACUGUUAAGAAGUGUUUAAUGUCUACUUUCAACUCAUUUACAGCAGCAGGGCUACAGGACAAAUUUACACAAGUCAAAGCUAACGUCAAUUUAAAAAAAAAAUUAAAACCCACUUCUUUAGGAAGGACGAAGAUUUCAAGAGAGAUCUUUAAUCUUUAAAAAUAUUCAUAGGCAAAUUUCAAGGUCAUGUUAGUGAUACAAAUGAAAAAAAAAACCAACAAAACAAUGUAGAAUGCAAGGGGACAAAGCUCUUGAAAAAUCUAAUUUUUGCUUCAAUCAAAAACCAUACAUUAACAAAUGGCAAUAAUGAUUAUACAAAAUAACCUUCCAGUCAAUGUUUGCUCACAGAUCUAGAUACACACAUUAUAUUGCAGUAAGAUGUAAUUACUGUCAGGUCACUUUCCAAAAUAAUCCUUUUAAGGGAUAAUCCUGAAUUUAAGAAUUAGCAACACACUUCAAGAGGAGAGCAUUAAGGAAACUAUUGAUCUGAACUGAACUGAUUCAGAACUGAUCUGAAUAAAAAAUUUUGAAUAGGUAUCACCACAUUUGCCAAAAGACAAGAAAACUCAAGCAGUCUUUGCCUUCAGCAGGGGGAAUUUUAGAACAAACUCUACUAUUAGACUGUGUAUUUGACAGUCAUAACUUUAAAGGUAAAGCAGACUGAAAACCCUGAAGUACUUUCAGUAUCAAGCCUGUCCAGGAAGAGCUUUCCUUUGGCAAACUUAAGUUGAGGAAUACAUUGCUGGUAUGAAAUGCUAACUUUAAAAAAAAAAAAAAAAAAAAA